AUAAUGUGAUAAUAAUAUGUGGCUAUAAAUUAUAAUUUAUACAUAAACAAGUAACAACUCAGAAACCAGUCAGUAAUUCCCACUAUCAGUUCAACUUCGACAACACCUUUCGACCUUUGUCUUUUGUGAGAUUAUUCAACAAUCAACAAUUAGCUUAGUAACUUCUGUUUAAAUAUAAGUAGUAAGUACCCAUCAAAUAGCAAUCUAUUGGACUCUGUCAAACGUUUAUACUCUUGAUCGGGUAUUUGAUAUCCAGAUAUUUCAUUAUUACGAUAAUAGACAAGAGUAGAAGAGGUCAUCAGUCAUCACCAUGUCAAGACCCAAAGUGUUAGUUGCAAUGAAACUCGUUCCAGAAAUCGCAAUUGAUUUACUACGUAAAAGAUUUGAUGUCGAAGUAUGUGAUUCCAUUCUAGUCACUCAAGCAGAACUAAUGAAAAAAGUACCUGGAAAAUUUGCAAUAUUUUGUAGUCCAGCGAACAAAAUUGAUGAAGAAUUAAUUAAAACUGCAGGUCCCAGUCUAAAAGUUGUUGGAACCAUAUCUGUGGGAUAUGAUCAUGUUGACUUGAGUGCAAUGAAAAAAUAUGGCAUACGUUUGGGAUACACACCAGAUGUUUUAACCGAAACAGUAGCAGAAACAACAGUUGGAUUGUUGAUAGCGACAACAAGACGGUUUUUCGAAGCAAAUCAUGCAGUGAAAACAGGUGGAUGGAAAGAUGUGACACUUCUUUGGAUGUGUGGUAGAGGUAUUAGAAACUCUGUUGUUGGUAUUGUUGGAUGUGGCAACAUUGGGACAUCUAUUGCAAAGAAGCUGAAGGCAUUUGAAAUUUCCCAAUUGCUGUACACCAGUAGAACUGAAAAACCUGCUGUCAAUGCUCUCGGUGGAAAAUUGGUUACAAUUGAUGAGCUUGUUGAACAAAGUGACUUCAUAAUCCUUUCCAUUGCACUGAAUGAGGACACAAAGUUUAUCAUUAACAAAGAACGCAUUGCCAAAAUGAAGUCACACGCUGUAUUGGUGAACAUUGGUCGUGGAGGACUUAUUGACCAAGAUGCACUCAUUGAAGCAUUACAAGAAAAUAGAAUUGGAGGUGCUGGCCUAGACGUUAUGACACCAGAACCAUUACCACUUGAUAGCCCUUUGAUGAAGAUGGACAAUGUUGUGUUGUUGCCACACAUUGGGAGUGCUUCUGUUGAAACAAGAACAGAAAUGGCUAUUCUCACUGCCAAUAAUAUAAUUGCUGUUUUGGAUAAUACCGUAAUGCCAAAAGAAGUUCAGUUUUAGCUUAAUUAUUAUACGCUAAUCAAAAUUGUAUUAAAAAUAAUCUAAUUUGUGAAUGUUAAAAAGUAUACGUUUAUAUUUAUUAUUGUAUUUAUUUAUUUAAAAUUGUUGAAUAUAAUAUUUUCUUUAAUA